UGCGCCGUGACGUCAGAGAUCAGCUGACUGGUUUGUUUUGCUGGGCUCCACAGUACGAAGCGACGCCACGCAACUGAAAUACACGAUUUCGCAUUAUUUAAAACAUAACCGAUUCUGUUCAGAAACAGAAAAGUAAAGAAAUUAGGCAGGUUUGCCUACAGAAAACGGUGUCUAAUCUCAUUUUAAACAUGCCUUCGGAAAAGACAUUUAAACAAAGGAGGACAUUUGAGCAGCGGGUGGAGGAUGUACGGCUGAUCCGGGAACAGCAUCCGAGCAAGAUCCCAGUCAUCAUUGAGAGAUACAAAGGAGAAAAGCAACUGCCGAUUCUUGACAAAACUAAGUUUUUAGUUCCCGACCACGUAAACAUGAGCGAACUUAUAAAGAUAAUCAGGAGACGUCUCCAGCUCAACUCCAACCAAGCUUUCUUCCUGCUCGUCAACGGUCACAGCAUGGUAUCUGUGUCCACUGCCAUUUCUGAGGUCUACGAGCGCGAGAGAGAUGAGGACGGCUUCCUGUACAUGGUCUAUGCCUCCCAGGAGACAUUUGGAACUGCGUGUCCUCAGUAAAAAAUGGCAAAACGAUUGGCUUUCACUCUCGGACAAUGAUACAACCUACCCUGAACUCUUGUGACCUCUCCCUUGCAAAUAUCCCUAUCCCCUUUCCCAUCCCCAUCCAAACAGGAACCAAAUGAACUUUUAGUCAUUUGGCUCACCGAUCCCAGCCAUUCUCCAAAGCUAAAUCCUAACUUCCCACAUCUCAGCCCUUUAACCUCGACUCCCUCCAAAUAAUUUGAGUUUUAAUAAUGGAAGAGGAGUCGUUUGUGUUUAGGUUAUAGGACAGGUUAUGGUUAAUUGGACUAAUGAUCUGGAUUUACUCAACACAUUGAACUACUCAAUACAGCUUGAACGAAAGACUUCUGGGUGUAGAGAUGGAAUCAUCUCAGUUUCUUAAGCGGUUGAAUUUCUGAAAUGGCAUCUAGUGUAACGUUAGGCGGCCAAAUAGAGGUUAUCUAUCAGGUUCCUUUUUAGCUUGGAGGGGUCGUGUUCGCACUCUGGUGACCUUUAACCCCUCCUGCUGUUCGUCGAGUCUCUUUAUUUGUUGAGUUCGACAGCCUUUCCUUACCUGUAGGUCUUUUCCGCUGUUCCAUUUUCCUGUUAGAAGCAAUUCAGCCUUUUCACCUCCCCCUCGAGCUUUUUGCUAAUUGGGUCUUGAGCGUUGACAUCCUAAACGACAUCCUACUUGCCUUGUUGACAUUUGAAGUAUGAUCCAGUGGGACGUACCUAAGGAAAUAAAUAGCAAGCAAUUUAUAAUACAAGAAAUUCUGCUUUGAUUGUAGUGUGAAGCUUUAAAAGUGCAAGUUUAGGAAGGAAAAUGUAAUUAUAUUCAAUGGUACAUUGAGCGAAUGAAUGUGGCUUUAGCGAUUGUGGCUCAAGGUAGUCAGGGCAGCUCGAUCACGGACAAGAGCGCUACCCGAACAUCCUUGCUCUUUUAUGUGCACGCUUUUAGACUUUUCAAUUUUAUUAGAGGAUUAAUUACGCCUUUAUAAUUACAUUACUGUGAGCUGUUGUACUCUUUCCAUUUGUCUUACAGUAAACUGUACAGAUAAGCUUAGAUGCCUUUUCUCCUGAGCAUUUAUUUGCUGUUUGUCUUGCUCUUAUUUAAAGAGAUGUUUUUUUUUUGUUUGUUGGUUUGUUCAUGUAAAAAAAACAAUUAAUAUGUGCUACUAUUGUGCAAUUUACAAAAAAGUGACUGUUUGUUUGAAUGAGAGUUUAACUUUAGAGGAUUAUCAACCCGUUAUCAAAGUAAGCUAAUUUAUGUAUUUCUCCUGCUCAGAUUUACAGCAAUAUCACACUUCUAUUUCUGUUGAUAUUUUAAAAAUAAAAGAGAAAUAUGCAUCCUG